CAUUUUGUCCACCACACUUUUAACGUGCGUGAAUGCACAAAGGUCUGAAGAUGGACGUCUUCCUUCCACAUCGCUAACGUGCAAUGAAGCGGCUCGUUUCCUCUCCGGCACGUUGAGGUAUGUCGACUGAGGCCUCAGCUUGACGAGACGUCAGAAGCUGUGAUGAUUCCAUGUGCGAAUCCCUCCCCGUCUCCCCCGCGCCUCGGGCCAGAUCCAGAUAAAGUUCCGGAGAGAGGACACUUUUGGGAACUCGUCAGGCUUUUCCUGCAGACAGAGUGGGAGUAACUAGCGGAUGUUGAACACUUCCCAGCGAGAAAAAACACCACCCAAAUUUUUUUUUAUUUCGGAGUCACCUGCCAGAUCGUCUUGUGUCUUCGCACCUCUCCCUCCCUCUCUGCAUUUUUCACAGGCAGAGGCGUCCAUGGACCCUCUGGCUUCCCCCCCAGUGACUUGGAAAGCUGGGAGAACUUUGUGAACUCUCCCGGCAUCUGAGCGGAGAGGAAAAGACGGGGAGGUGGGUGGGGGGAGUGUUGGAUGGAACGCGGCGUGGCGAGAGACCGAAGCAGCAGCAGCAUCGGCGGAAGGCUCCGGCAGAACCCUUCACUGGAGAUUAUCCACCCCACCCCCCCACCCCUCCUCCGCCUGGGUGGUGUCAUGAGAGGUCAACAACGCCCCGGCGUCCUCUUCCCCGUGGCUCUGCUGGGACUCCUGGUCGCUCUGGCCGACCUCGGCCGGGGCUCGGCCAGCGAGGACGAGGACUACUACAUGCAGGAGCUGCUGACCAGGGAACAGUACGCCCGGGUCCAGAUGCCCGAGAAGCCCGGGGCCUCCGUGGCGGACGUGCGUGAGCAACCCAGACAAUAUCCUGGCAAGAAGACGGCCAAGGGGAAGGCAGGUAAACACCGUCAGCCCCAUGGCAACAAAAGGAUGUUUGGUGUGGGUUUUAGAGCUUUGGUUAGUGCUGGGGAGCAGUCACUGUACUGGCUGGCCAUCCAGCAGGUUCCGGCCGACCCGGUGGAGGAGCAGUACCUGGAGCUGAGCCGCACACGCUACUACAACGCCAACGGCGAGCUAGUGGAGGAGGAGGAGUGCUCGUGCACGUACUACGAGUGUCACUACCCGCCGUGUUCGCUCAUCGAGAGGCGGCUUCGCGAGUUCAAUAUCUGCGGACGCUGCCAAGUGGCCCGCUACUGCGGCUCCCAGUGCCAGCAGAGGGACUGGCCCGCCCACAAGAAGCAGUGUCGAGAGCGCAAGCGGGCGCUGGCGUUGGAGUCGGAGCCCGAGCGGUGAUCUUAUCGUUGCCUCGGAAGGGAAGGGACGGUGGCGGGGUGGGACCCGGUGGGUGGAAAUGGGGUCUUGAUAAGCGGGUUGUGCGUAAGAGACAACCACAAGCGACAUUGUGCUUGCCUGACGAAUGGGAUGCAGAAUGAAACGGAGGGUGCACUAAGAUGGACACCUGCCACUUCCCAGAACAGUCAAUUCUUCAUGGCUUGCUUCUCACGUGGACGACAGGAACGUUUAGUUUUUUUUCUCGGGGAGGCAUUCUCGAGCUCAACCUGCUGCUGCUAAUCGUUCCGAGAGGUAUCGACUUGUCUUGCCGACCAACCGGAAUAUAGCUUCUUUUGGACCGCACGGACAUCCUCACCCGGUUCCGUUGAGGAGGCUUCCUCUGCUAAACGGGUCGAACCCCUCGGGGGCGCUGCAACGGGACCAUGUCACUGUAUUUCCAGUGGGGCACGCGGCCGCCCUCCUCACACAACCUUUUUUGUCUGCUGUUGCCGCCACCACCCCAUCAGAAUGGAUGACACUAACAGUAUUGUGCGUGCGUGCGCGCGUGUGUGUGUGUGUGUGCGCUCAUGAGUGAACACGUCUUCUUAAAGGGGCCAUAUUGCCGUUAAAAUGUUGUUUAAUUUGUCACUGUUUCAUUGUAAAGUAGCUGCUAAAUUGUGGCAUUUUCUUUGAUAUGUUUAUUAUGAUGGUACAAAGUUUCCAAAAACAAAAACUACCUACUAAAUUCUCCACUCGCUGGCAAUAUUUGGUACUCCUUUUGUUUUCUACUUCACGACACAACUUAACAUUCAUCACAGGUGUAAGCAAUUUAAGAAAUCCCUUCAUUUUCAAUAACUUGUGUGUGCACAUGUGGAGUUCCUUGUGAGCGUGUGUGUGUGUGUGUGUGUGUGUGUGUGUGUGUGUGUGUGUGUGUGUGUGUGUGUGUGUGUGUGUGUGUGUGUGUGUGUGUGUGUGUGUGUGUGUGUGUGUGUGUGUGUGUGUGUGUGUGUGUGUGUGUGUGUGUGUGUGUGUGUGUGUGUGUGUGUGUGUGUGUGUGUGUGUGUGUGUGUGUGUGUGUGUGUGUGUGUGUGUGUGUGGAGCACGGGGGUAUUUUUCUGAAGAAAUUCUAUCAGUGGAGCUAUAUUUAUUUAAAACAUUGAUUGUGAAAGCCUAUUUAGCCCAGAUGAUAUUUGAAGGCAAACUGAAGUGGACAAUAUGGGACCUUUUUCAGCAUUUUUUAUGACUUAUUUGGGGUAAAGGGUUUACUACUUGAUUAUGUGUUAUUUAGUCACGACCUUCAAAGUUUGUUUUUUUUGCACGCUGUCACGGAAAUCUUCCAUGCGUCUCGAACUUUAAAACUUGAAUCCUCCCACCCCUA